AAUGGGCCACAGCGGAUCGAUCGGUUUCGUUACCGAUUCUAGACUCGUUAGUGGUCGUGGUAACUCGAUUCGAUCCACAGAGGUCGACAAUGGCGGAGUACGCGGGGGUGAGGAGCAGUCGCCUCGUCUUGAAGGGAGCGCGGAGCCACGGCGGCCACAAAAAGAAAAAACAGAAGAAGAGAAAGGGGGACGAGGAGGAGGUGGACAUUGUCGACGGCUGGUGGACUGUUUCCUCUGUUUCCCAAAUCACGGGUUCCGUCUGUAUUGAGAUGGGGUGUGGAACGUACAUACAAGCCCUGGACAAUGGGCUAUUCACACUUGGAGCACCGCACACAGACGAUGGCCCAUCACCCCCUGAGCAGUUCACAGCCGUCAAGCUGUCUGACACCAGGAUAGCGUUGAAGUCUGGCUACGGGAAGUACCUGGGAGUGAGCGAGGGUGUGGUGGUGGGGCGAGCUGACGCCAUCGGCUCCCGCGAGCAGUGGGAGCCCAUCUUUCAAGAUGGGAAGUUGGCCUUGCUUGCAGCGAACGGCGGCUUCGUUGGUGUGAAUGACGUUGGAGACAUUGUCGCUACGAGCUGCACGGCCUCUGAUGAGCACAUUGUCAAGGUGCGUUCGAGUGCAGAGAGACAGACUGCUCCAAAGGACGGCCUCACGGCGGAAGACCGGGGAAACCUGAAGCACUGUGAAGUCAACUAUGUAAAGAAGUUUCAGAGUUUUCAAGACCGCAGAUUGCGUGUAAGCGAGGAAGACAAGGAGGGCCUCAAACGUGCCCGGAAAGACGGCUCCCUUCAUGAGACGUUACUGGACCGACGCUCCAAGAUGAAGGCGGAUCGUUACUGCAAGAUGUAGCUUGUGGAGGCUGUGCCUGUGCCAGGGGACAUGCGUUUGAAAGGGAGUCUUUGGCAUUGCCUGUGCCGUACCCGACGCGCAAUAGGGAAACGUUGCGUACACACGCCCACAUUAAGAUGAUUGCCAUUCAUUGUCAGCAUUGCGCUGGUGAUUUAACAAUGUUUAUUAAAAAAACAGUUUAGAUGGAGCUCUUAUUGUUAGACUUCCAAAUAUUACUUUAAAUUUGUUGCAUGUUCUCACUUCCACACGAACA